UCACUCCAAAAAAUAGUAUAUAGCCUAGAUGAGUUCUUUGUUAAAGCCAGAUAUAACCUUAUCUCUAGCAUUAUCAUCAUCCUCUCCUAUUCAUGAAACUCUAAAUGCUGAAAAAAGAGGCAUUCGUCUCAUUCAACUUCUCUUAAAAUGUUCCAAUCAUGCCUCUUCUGGCAAUCUCCACCGAGCUAAUGCUUGCCUUUGGGAGAUAUCGGAGCUUUCAUCGGUGUCUGGUGACUCCAUCCAACGACUAGCAGCCAGAUUCGCCUCCGGUCUAGCCAUCCGCCUUGUCAAGCAUUGGCCCGGUCUAUAUAAGGCUCUAAACCAUGACCAAAAACCCAAAAUAAACCUAGAACAGGCUAAUGCUCUAUUUGCAAGAGCAUUCCCUUAUUUUGGUUUUGUCAAUAUUGUUAUAGUGAGAACAUUGGUUCAAGCCAUGACCAAUGAAAAUAUAAUUCACAUUGUGGAUUUAGGCUCUACUGAUCCUAAAUUGUGGGUAGCUCUUCUCCAUAGCUUAGUUCACUUGCCCAAUGGGCCUCCACAUUUGAAGAUAACUUGCCUCAAUCGUGACAAAGCAAUUUUAGAAAAGUUGGGUCAAAGGCUUGUAAAAGAAGCUGCAAUGUUAGACAUCCCGUUCCAAUUUAAUCCUCUAAGUGUGAGCUUAAGAGAUGUAACCAUAGACAUGAUUAAGGUAAGAUCAGGAGAAGCAUUAGCUUUUAUAUCUAUAUUAAAUCUUCAUAUCUUACUUACAGAAGACGAUCGAGUGGAUGCACAUUUUGGAGGUAACAAAUUCAAUAAAAUCAAAAAUUGCAAAUCGAUGAGUAAUUUUUUAACUAUGAUUUUAUCGACAUCACCUAAAUUACUGUUUUUAGUAGAGCAAGAAGCAAACAAUAAUUUAAAUCGACUUGUCGAUCGAUUCGUGGAGGGAUUACAUUAUUACAGUGCAAUAUUCGAUUCAAUUGAUUCUGCUUUAGGGAAUUUGAGUAAUGAAGAAAGGUUGGUUUUAGAGGAAAUGUUUGGAAGAGAGAUUGAAAAUAUUGUAGCAUGUGAAGGGUUGGAAAGAUGUGAAAGACAUGAGAGGUAUGGUAAAUGGAUGGUUAGGUUGACUAGAGGUGGGUUUAAGCCAGUUAGGUUGUGGUAUAAUUUUGACGAGGAAGCCAAACAAAUUAUUAAUUCUUUUGGUAAGGGUUAUAAGAUAAUUAGUGAGAAAUCAAGUUUGAUGAUUUGCUGGCAAGAUCGUCCCCUUUAUGCUGUGAGUGCUUGGACAUGCUAAUCUAUUUGCUCUUUCUCUCUUUUUAUAUGUAUAUAUAUUUUUAAUUGUAUUUUUAA